AUGGGUUACUCGCGAGAUGCUUGGGGAUUCGACGAAUAUCAUCCAGUUGCCCAAAAUGGUUCAAAUCUUUAUGGCAAAGAUGGAAUUGGAUUUAUGAUUGUUGACUCGCUGGAUGUACUUAUAAUUAUGGGACUAGAUGAGGAAUAUAAAACAGCACGUGAAUGGGUUGCGAAUGUAUUAGAUUUCAAUCAAAACAGCUACGUGUCACUUUUCGAGACAACAAUUCGUGUAUUGGGUGGGUUAUUGAGCGCGUAUCACUUAUCUGGAGAAGAUCAUAUGUACUUAACAAAAGCUACAGAUUUGGCGGAUAGAUUAUUGGGAGCUUUUAAUCAAUCUGAAAGUGUUUUUCCAAUUAAAUUUGUGAAUUUAAAUAGUACGUCAAGGCGGAACUAUGACGGAUCUUGUCUUGCAGAUAUUGGAACACUGCAGUUGGAAUUCAAGUAUUUGAGUCAUUUGACUGGUGAUCCAAAAUAUUGGAAUUACGUAGAGAAAAUCAUGUUGCGCAUUGAUGAACUAGAAAAGUUUGAUGGUCUCGCACGAAAUUACGUAAGCGUUUCAAGAGCCACCUUUUCUGGAGCUCUGAUUGGAUUGGGAGCCCUUGGAGAUAGUUAUUAUGAAUAUCUAUUGAAACAGUAUUUAUUGACCAACAAAACCGAGCAAAUGUAUCUCCGCAUGUACAACGAAGCGAUAACAGGAGUUAAAAAGCAUUUGCUUAAAAGAACAAAUUCCAGUCAUUUAUUUUACCUCGGAGAAUUCUACUACUACAACGGGGGAAAGAAAACAAGAUUUGUGCCAAGAAUGGAACAUUUAACUUGUUUCGCCGGGGCACUUUUCGCUCUCGGUUCUGAAAAAAUCCACGAUAGUUUUUCAGAGGAGAAUUUAAUUAUCGGCAAAAAGUUAACACAUACUUGCUGCGAAAUGUAUUUUACACAAGCGACAGGAUUGGCACCGGAGUAUGUUCUUUAUAAUACAAAUUCGACUGGGGAUACUUUGUAUGAUAAUGGUAGAAAACACAAUGUUUUAAGACCAGAGACUGUAGAAAGUUUAUUUUUGCUUUGGCGCGUGACGGGGGAUAUUCAAUACAGGCAAGUUGAAUUUCUUUAUUUGUUGACAUUUAAGGAAUGGGGAUGGAGAAUAUUUCAAUCAUUUGAAAACUAUUCGAGAUUUCCUGAAGGUGGAUACACCGAAAUAGUGGAUGUUGACGCAAUUCCUCCUAAAAGAACGGAUAAUAUGCCAACGUUUUGGCUGGCGGAAACAUUAAAAUAUUUAUACUUGCUAUUCGAAGAUCCUGAUAAUGAUCUAUUAUCACUCGAUAAAUAUGUGUUUAAUACGGAAGCACAUCCAUUGCCUAUUUUCGUUCCUAGUGAAGAAAUACGCGGUGAAGGAUGGAAUCGACAAUAA